AUGUCUGAAAUCUUGUCAAGAGCAUGGACUGUUUCCCACAGAGUGGAAAUAUGGCUUCUGCUCCUGUUAGCUUACUUACUCCAAAGAAAUGUGAACUCGGGACAUAUGCCAACCAAGGCUGCGGAUCCAGAAGCAUUCAUGAAUAUUAGUGAAAUCAUCAAACACAAGGGUUAUCCCAGUGAGGAGUAUGAAGUUGCCACUGAAGAUGGGUACAUCCUUUCUGUGAACAGAAUCCCUCUAGGACUGACGCAAUUAAAGAAGGAAGGGUCCAGGCCAGUGGUGUUACUGCAGCAUGGCCUUCUUGGAGAUGCUAGCAACUGGAUUUCCAACCUGCCCAACAACAGCCUGGGCUUCAUCCUGGCGGAUGCCGGCUUCGACGUGUGGAUGGGGAACAGCAGAGGAAACACCUGGUCUCGGAAGCACAAGACCCUCUCCAUAGACCAAGAUGAGUUCUGGGCCUUCAGUUAUGAUGAAAUGGCUAGGUUUGACCUUCCUGCUGUGAUAAACUUUAUCUUACAGAAAACAGGACAGAAAAAGAUCUAUUAUGUCGGCUAUUCACAGGGCACCACCAUGGGAUUUAUUGCAUUUUCCACGAUGCCAGAGCUAGCUCAUAAAAUCAAAAUGUAUUUUGCCUUAGCCCCUAUAGCCACUGUUAAAUAUGCAAAAAGCCCUGGUACCAAAUUUCUGCUGCUUCCAGAUAUGAUGAUCAAGGGAUUAUUUGGCAGACAAGAAUUUUUAUACCAGACUAGAUUUUUCAGACAGCUUUUUAUUUAUCUUUGCGGCCAAAUGAUUCUUGACCAAAUCUGCAGCAACAUCAUCUUACUCCUGGGGGGCUUUAACACUAACAAUAUGAACAUGAGCCGAGCAAACGUAUAUGUCGCCCAUACACCUGCUGGGACAUCUGUGCAGAAUAUCCUCCACUGGAGCCAGGCAGUGAAUUCUGGGGAACUUCGUGCCUUUGACUGGGGAAGUGAGACCAAAAAUCUGGAGAAAUGCAAUCAACCAACUCCUAUAAGGUACAAUGUUCGAGAUAUGACGGUCCCCACAGCAAUGUGGACUGGAGGUCAAGACUGGCUUUCCAAUCCAGACGAUGUGAAAACACUGCUCUCUGAAGUGACCAACCUCAUCUACCACAAGAACAUUCCUGAAUGGGCUCAUGUGGAUUUCAUCUGGGGGCUGGACGCCCCUCACCGUGUGUACAACGAAAUCAUACAUCUGAUGAAACAGGAGCCCAGCCGUUCCCAGGGAGCCUGCAAGGUCAAAUUGUGA